CAUUGAAGAACCUGAGUCUGACCUGGCGACGUUGCUAUUGUUAUUAGGUGAAAGGUGACAGGUGCAGAGGUCCAUUUUUUUUUUUCAACUAUUUCCGAUCAAUACACUACAGGACUGUGCGCCUGAUUCACAAUUACCCUCGGGUUUGGUGGAAAAGUCAUAACGAGUUCAUUUGUAAUGAAAGGAGACAAUAUUCCUUUUGUUGCGUAUUGGUUUUUACAGACGCUCGAGCGCUCACAGCAAGAUCUCGCGAUAUCACACGAUACCGUACAAUCAAACGGUACUUUUGGAAAUCGAGAAGCCUUAAGGGGGGUCAAUUUAAACCGCCCGUACUCGAAAUUAGCCGUGCAACAGAAAACAGACAUGCGGCGAAAAUGGAUCUUAGUUUCACUCCUUUGCUCAGGAUGGAGUUUAAUGAUCAUGACGGCGGAAGCGAUCGAGCCCAUCUCGACCAGCCUGGCUGUCGGCAUCGCCGCCGCUGUAACCGGCUUUCUAGCCGGGUAUCCAAAUCUGCUGUACUACUUUCAAGAGUGCUGCAGACCAGAGUGGAUCUCCUACAACAAAACAGGUCUACAAGUGGAUCUUCAGAACAAGCUGAUUGGCCAGCACGUGGCAUCUCGUGUCAUCUUUAAAGCCGUGACUGGCUUCAUGAACAGCGAGAACCCGAAGAAACCUCUUGUCCUCUCGCUGCAUGGCUGGACUGGCACUGGCAAAAACUUUGUCAGUCAGCUUAUAGCCAAAAACAUUUACCAACGUGGAAUGUCGAGCGGAUUCGUACACUUGUUCACGGCCACCGCACACUUUCCUCACGAAGUGGAUCUGCAAUUGUACAAGUCACAACUGCAGCAGUGGAUAAAGGGCAACGUUUCCGCCUGCCCCCGCUCCAUGUUCAUAUUCGACGAGAUGGAUAAAAUGCACCCGGGCCUGAUCGACAGCAUCAAACCCUACUUAGAUUUUUAUGAAGCUCUGGACGGCAUCUCCUACCGCAAGGCCAUUUUUAUCUUUCUAAGUAACGCCGGAGGUGAAAAUAUCGUGCAGGUGGCGCUGGAUUUCUGGAAAGCUGCAAAAGAUCGAGAAGAGAUUGAGCUGAAGCAUUUGGAGACAGCGCUGUCCCUGUCCGUCUUUAACAACAAGAAUAGUGGUUUUUGGCACACUAGUCUCAUAGACAAGAACUUGGUGGACUUCUUUGUACCCUUUCUUCCCCUGGAGUACAAACACGUGGUGCAGUGCGGCCGAGCCGAGAUGAUCAACAAGGGCCUGGAACCCAAUGAGGGCCGUGAGGAAAUGGCGCGCGACAUGAACUAUUUCCCUCGAGACGAGCGCGUCUUUUCCAUGCAGGGCUGCAAAGUUAUCUCCAGCAGGCUGGACUUCUACAUCUAAAACCGAAGGACAUAAACCAGAGAUUCUUAAUUCUGUGCGUGCCCGACCUGAAGAACUAAGAGGGAACCGUAUCAGCAGUAUCCAGUGGAUACUCGGUUCUAUAAAUGCACCUGAACACUACUCUGAUGUCAGUCAUCACGUGUAAAGGGGAGGGGCAGUAUUUUUAAUUGAUCAGAAUGGUUUGGAAUACCUCCGUUUUUAACGCGAAUCAAUGGAAAUUGAUGUAGGCUCGACUCCUUGGUUUUUUUUUGUUUUUUGUUUUUUAAAGAGGAGGAUUCAAGUCCUAUUAUUGAUUUUGGUGGUGGCAUGAAUGUCUUGAAUCUUAUAUGGUCAUUUUUUAUGACCUUAUAUUGUGCAUUGUCAUGCACUAGUAAUGAAGCAAAUUUUUAUGUGUAAAUACAAAGAACAACAACAUAAUGUAACUCAAUGUUAAUAGAAUUUCAAUCUAACAUGGCCUAGUACACCAUUUUUCACAACAUCAUCUAAAAUGUAUUUUUUUGCCAUUGGUGUCCUGCUCACUGGAACAUAACAUUGGUUGUGAUGUUUCCCAUGAAGCAAGAAACAGAUUUUAAAGCAUCACUACAGGAACUGUUUUUUUGCAUUGAUGUUCAAACACAUGAAGCACGUUUCACUGAUUAUGAUCAUGCUUUAUAUACUGCAUAACCCCAAUGUCUUGCCACGAUAAAAAAAAAAAAAAGGUUUGGAGGUGGUAUUAAGAUUUUAGUUUCAAGAUGCACACUUUUUAGACUCCAAGUGUUUUGUUCAUUUGAAGUUGUCGAUUAUUCCUCAUUGAUCAUUUCCACUAAACCUGAUAAACUUGAUCUUAUUCUUUUA